ACAGUUUUUUUUCUUUUUUUCUUUUCGACCAUUGGUUUCGACGAUUCCGUGCUUCGUAGUCUCCUCCAGGCUCCAGCUAACUUACGAAAUGGGAGCAAUUGAUCUCUCUUUCUCACAGAGUAUACUCUUAUCUCCGUCGCGUUCCACUCCUAGCUCCUCCGUACAUCGUUCCAUCUCUUAUCUCCCGCCGGGAAGCAGCAAGUCACGGAGUCUACUUCCGCCGUUGCGUUCAAUGAGCCACGAUGACGACACAGCCUCAAAGGAGGCCAAGCUAUGGGGCGGAAGGUUCGAAGAGAGUGUCACUGAGAAAGUGGAGAUGUUCACUGAGUCAAUUUCAUUCGAUAAAGUUCUCUACAAGCAGGACAUUAUGGGUAGCAAAGCUCAUGCAACAAUGCUCGCUCACCAGGGUUUAAUAACUGAUAGCGACAGGGAUGCCAUUUUGAAAGGUCUUGAUGAUAUCGAGAAGCAGAUUGAAGCUGGUAAAUUUGAGUGGAGGACAGAUCGAGAAGAUGUGCAUAUGAACAUUGAAGCAGCACUUACUGAUCUUAUUGGUGAACCUGCAAAGAAACUUCACACAGCAAGGAGCAGAAAUGACCAAUGUGCUACUGAUUUCAAGCUUUGGUGCCGUGAGGCUAUCGACACAAUCAUUGUUAAGAUCAGAAAUCUUCAGACAUCACUUGUUGCAUUGGCUUUGAAGAAUGAGGCGUUGAUUGUUCCUGGCUAUACUCAUCUUCAAAGAGCUCAGCCUGUUUUACUACCCCAUGUCCUCUUAACUUUUGUGGAGCAGCUCGAACGUGAUGCUGGUCGUUAUAUGGACUGUCGAGCAAGGCUAAAUUUCUCCCCCCUAGGAGCUUGUGCUUUGGCUGGAACUGGUCUACCUAUUGAUAGGUUUAUGACUGCUAAUGCUCUGGGAUUUACCGAACCAAUGAGAAACAGCAUCGAUGCAGUUUCAGAUCGAGACUAUGUGUUGGAGUUCUUAUUUGCAAAUUCCAACACAGGCAUUCACCUGUCACGGCUGGGAGAAGAGUGGGUACUUUGGGCAUCCGAAGAGUUUGGUUUCAUGAUUCCAAGUGAUUCCGUUUCAACUGGAAGCAGUAUAAUGCCACAGAAGAAGAAUCCAGACCCAAUGGAACUUGUCAGAGGGAAAUCUGCAAGAGUCAUAGGCGAUUUGGUCACUGUCCUGACACUAUGCAAAGGACUUCCACUUGCUUACAACCGAGAUUUCCAAGAAGAUAAAGAACCGAUGUUCGAUAGUACCAAGACAAUAAUGGCAAUGAUCGAUGUCUCUGCAGAAUUUGCCCAGAAUGUAACAUUCAAUCAAGAGAGAAUUAAAAGAAGUCUCCCCGCCGGACACCUUGACGCAACAACUCUGGCCGAUUACCUUGUGAAGAAGGGGAUGCCUUUUAGGUCAUCUCAUGACGUAGUUGGGAAACUAGUUGGAGUUUGCGUCUCAAGAGGCUGUGAACUUCAGGACUUGAGUCUGGAAGAGAUGAGAAAGCUAAGCCCUGUGUUCGAAGAAGAUGUGUUUGGAUAUCUGGGCGUCGAAAAUUCAGUCAAUAAAUUCAGUUCCUAUGGGUCAACUGGAUCAAGCUGUGUAGCUGAACAACUUGGCUACUGGGUCAACAAGCUAAACAUGACUACCACCUGAGCUGAACCCCAAACCAUUAGCAAAAGAGUCUGUCUGUUUUUCUUUUUUGUAUUGUAAGGAUUUUGGUUGUCAAAUACCAGGGAAACUUUCAAGUAAAAUGUUGCAGCAGUCUGAGGUAGACAAUGAAUUUGGUGCCUUCUCGUUGCAAAACCCAAAAAAAUAAGUGUUACUGAAAGUUUUGUAAUAUUUUAAAUCUAGAUAUUGUGCAAGUCUUUGGUA